UUUUAGGACCAAACUGGCAGCUGCACUAGCAAGAUGUCGCAUCAAACAUGGUGCUCUUUCAAUUGAAUACAUUCUACCAGAAGCCAUACGGAAGCAGGAACAAAGGGCUUCUGCUUUACCUCUAUGUGUUUGGAUAAACACAUUUAAAAUCAGCCCUCAAGAUGUUUUCAGAGAUUUGGAGAAGAAGGGAUUCACAAGGGUUAAAUCUGUGUCAGACUUCGACCGUUACACAUACUGUAUGGACCAACAUUGCCAUGAUGUAUUGUUUUUUCCUUCCUCUCUUAAAGACGAACUGCUUAAUUUAGAUCUUUUUGCAGAUUGCAAACUCUUACUGCAGGAUAAGUCUCGCAGCCUUGCUGUACACUCUGCACAGGCACUGUUGAAUACAGAUGAUGACAUUAUAGUGGCUCACGUAGGUUCCCAUCUGACCAUUGCCCAUAUGUCAGCGCUGACAAUUCACAUCGUGUCCAGAAUAUUUGUUUGUGGUGUAAAAUCUUCAGCAAAAGCAGCUGAACUGAGGACCUUGUUCAGUCACAUGGGAUGUGAAAAUAUUCAGUUGUUACAUGAAGACUUUACUGAGAUUGGACCAAGAGACCCGAGACUUCAAAAGGCAAAAGUUAUUUUGCUGCUACCACAAUGCUCUGGGCUGGGUGUUGGCAACCCAGUAGACUUUAUUUUAACUGAGCACAGAGAUGCAGGACUGCUAAGAGACCUUUUCCAAGGAUCCGUAUCUGAGGAUAAGCUCAGUAAUCUUGCCGAGAGGCAGCUUAAUGAGUUGAUGCACGCAAUGAAAUUUAACAAAGUACAAGCUAUCGUUUACUGCACUUGUUCGAUUUACCCAGAAGAAAAUGAACUAGUAGUGAAAAAAGCACUGGAAUCUGGAGUGAAAGGAAGUAAAGUACAACCAUACAGGCUUAUUCCUCCAUUUUUUUCUACUUGCUCCAAUUCAGAGUCUUCUGAGGUUUUUUUCAAAAUAGAGCCAUCAGAAAUUUCCAGUGGCUGUUUUCUAGCUAUUCUAGCAAGAGAGAAAGAUUCUUCCGAAAGUGUGUCUGUUAAAGACACUUUGGCUCGAGCUGCAGCAAAAGGACUACUAGACAACAUUGUUGUCAGAAAACCAAAGGGAGGGGUGAAAAAGCAGAAAGGAACACAACGUAGAUGUAAUAUUCCUGGUAGUUGCACAGAGCUGAAGACUGCUGAGUUCCUUCGCCAUCAGGCUGUAUCGAAGGUCAAGGCUGAAGGUUCCAUGUUCAAAACAGUCAGUAAUGCACAGCAAAAGAACGUGACCCGACCGAAGAGCUGUGUUCAGCUGAAGAAAUCCACCGACCCCGUUUCAGACACAGCUCUGCCUAAAGGGCCGCAGCACACGCCUCGCUUGUCCCCGGUGGGCCAGGCGUGUGACAGACCGGCACUGGCCGGAAAGGCCCGCGCAGAACAGGAGAGGGUUGCGCUGAAGCCCGCGGAAAUUGUUUUGCCUCCCGUGAUGGCCCCGUCCGUACGCUGGCACGGGAGCAAACCCAGGCUCCCGACUCCUCACGGCUUCCAUGGCUGGACCGGAGCCAAGGCUGCGAGCGGCAGGGUGCUUCCUCCGCCGCUCUCUGCAGCGGUCAGGCCAACUGUGCUUAGCCAUCCUCGACCGUGGCGGUAG